UUGAAGAAGAUUUGUUUGGAUCCUUUGUCUGGUCCGAUUGGGGGAAAAAGCAUGGAGGAGAAGUAGAAGUUGUGGUCUAAAGAAAGCAGUUUCAAAAAAACCAAAUUUUAAAGCUUUUUGGGAGAGCAAGUUUGUUCCUUUAUGUGACGGAUUGAUUAGAGUUUUGAGUUUUAGAAUGGGUUUUUUUAAGAAGUUGGCUGGUGUGUUUGGAUUUGGCCAGGAAGUGUUGAAAGAUGACGAUGAUGAUAGAGGGAUCCAUGAUUCCGGUGACGGAGAUAAGCCGAGAUUUCGUGAAACUGGACUACCAAGGAAAGGAUUUGGAGUUCCAGUUCAAGUUGCUGUUGAAAGGUCCAAUCUUGCUCCUCUUCUUCAUCCUUGCGCCGCCGCAGACGGUGGUAUUCAGGGACUAAGAUGGUAUACGAAACGACUAAGGGUUGAUGAAGAUGGAGAUGUUGCAGAUGAGUUUUUGGAAGAGGGGCGGGAGAAACCGACAAACGCAGAAGAUGAUGAUCAUAACUGUAAUAAGACUAUGCCAAGACUCCAAAUUAAGCGCAAAACGAAACCUGCAAAAGUAAGAAGACUAGUUGUGUCUUCUGAUGGGAAACUCCAGCAGUGUAUUGAACAUCAAGGGAGGUUAUUUAUAGUAUGAAUGAUUUUGAAACACAUAGAGGUUAGGACAGGUUUCUGUUUCAUCGGAAACAUGGGAUUGACUGUGUAAAGAGGGAAAGCAAAUAGAGUUGCAGACAUAUUGGCGAGAAAGGGCAAUGAUCAGUUUAUCUCUGUUUGUGUCUUUGAACUAUAUUCCAGUUUGGCUUAUCGAGUCUGUAAAAACUGGUUUGAUUCAUCUAUUACUAUGAGAAAAAAUACUAUGAACCAUAUGAAUCGUA